UGGUACCAAUAGUUUCUAACCUUAAAAUAUGUAUAUCAAUUUAAAAAUUUUUAUUUGAAACUAAUAAACUUAAAUAUGUUACGAACUCAGUUUGUUACGUUAUUUAAAAACCUUUUAAUAACAGAACAAAGUAUUCAAAGUAAUGUACGAAGUAUAGCUACUGGCUUAGCAAGAUGUAGAGAAGUAAUAGAUAGAAGGGAAAUGCUAAGGUCUUUGCCAAAACCAGAUGAAGGGGCUGUUGGAGAAAAAACAAUGGAUGUUGAUUCUGCUAUUCAUGAACUUACCGACAGAUUUCCUACUAUCGAUACACCAAAUAAACUAUUUAAUGGAGUUGCUUUUAAAGAUCUACCUAUAUUUAACAUUAGAGUUUCUCCAAAUAAUACUAUCAUCAGUUUAACAGAUGCUAAAGGUGUUCCAAAGUUACUUAGAUCAUGUGGAGUUGAAGGAUUUAAAAAUACAAGGAAGGGGACAAAUAUUGCAGCUCAGGCAACAGCAAUAACUAUUGGAUCGAAAGCUUUAGAAACAGGUAUAAAAACUGUAAGAGUACGAGUUCGAGGUUUAGGUCCAGGACGAAUGUCAGCGAUCAAAGGCUUACAGAUGUCGGGACUAGACAUUAUAUCUAUUACAGAUAGUACAAGAGUUUCGUGGAAUCCUCCUAGACCAAGAAAACAAAAGAAAUUGUAAUUUUUUAUUGAAGUAUGUUUAAAUAAAUUCUUUAAAUUAUGUAUACUACCUAUAA